AUGGCGAGCUCAACAAAUCCAAAGCCUCAAGUGCCGAAAAAGCGCAUCGUUGUCUGCUGCGAUGGGACCUGGAUGGAUAGCGACGGUGACUACCAGGUCCCAAGCAAUGUGACACGCAUCGCACGUGCGAUACCUCCAUCGGGCCUCGACACCAACGUCUCGCCUCCACAGCCCAUCCACCAGCUCAUCUGCUACGUCAAUGGAGUUGGGACGGGCUCAAAAUCCCUCUACAAUAAGUAUAUUGGCGGUGCGACCGGGGCUGGACUAUCGGAGCACAUCCGUGAAGCAUACAGCUUUGUGUGCCUGAACUACAACGAUGGUGAUGAGAUCUUCUUGCUAGGGUUCUCGAGAGGUGCCUUCACGGCUCGAAGUAUUUCCAGCCUCAUCAGUGCCGUAGGUCUGUUGACGGCGACAGGGCUAGAGUUCUUCACUCAGGUCUUUGAAGACUGGGAGUUUCAGCAGCAGCAACCGCCGUACAAGACCGAGUGGCCUCAGAUUCCAUUUCCAGGUCACAAGCCGCCUGUUACGGAUCAUAAAUAUCGGGACGAAAUGAAGAAAAGAGGUCUGAGCAGGCACAACAUCAAGAUCAAGUGUGUCGCGGUUUGGGAUACUGUGGGUGGUUUGGGAAUUCCCAUGAUCGGGCUGCUGCCGCAGCCACCAUCUAAGGAUUUUGCCUUUGUGGACACGCGGGUCGAGUCGAACAUUGAGUAUGCCUUCCAAGCCCUUGCACUAGAUGAGCACCGUCGCGCAUAUAGCCCGACGAUCUGGGAUUGGCCACAUACCGAGCACCAUGAUCUUAAAGUUCUCAAGCAAACAUGGUUCCCUGGCGUGCACAGUGACAUUGGUGGGAGCUACGACGACGCGGCGCUCGCAAAUUUGACAUUGGCAUGGAUGGUUAGUCUGUUUGAACAAUACAAAUUGUUGACCAUCGACACAGACUACAUCAUGAAUUGUAUCAGGCCCACCGCAGCACUACUUGCGCCGCCACCCAGUAAUGGCGCGAUAACGAAGAGAACAAGCAUCUCUCGUGCCCCAACACACGGGACGACACGGCCUUGGGGACUGGGGAAAAUUCAUAACAGUAUGAGUUUCUUUUUCCGAAUGGGAGGAAGCCGAGUCAGAACCCCGCUUGAAUAUCGCGAACAGGAACUCGCAUCUCAACAUGGCACUGUUCUCUGGAUCAUGUGGAAGCUAUUCCACCAUGUUGCUCGCUGGUUUGGACAUGAAGAGCAUAAGCGACCACGUCUGGCUCGCACAGAAGAGACUAUGCAUUCCUCUGUACGGAUCCGAAUGGGCAAGCACGGUCUCGGUUACGAUGACAAAGGUACUUACGAGUCCCAAGCAAUGCAGGGCUGGGUCAUGCACGGUAUUGAGACAAACCCGGAUACACCUAUCGCAAUGAAUGCGCCAGGGCAGGUCGGCCAGAUGAAGGACGUGGUAUGGAAGAAAAAUGUCACUGCGGAAGAGGUGCUGGCAAAUGGUAUGGUGAAAGUGAGGAAUUGUACUUCAACGGGUGAAGAGACAAUCACUAUCGAAAUUCCAGAGGAACCACUGGGUGCUUUUGAGCAUGAUAUACUGAGGCUCUGGCCCGAGAUCAACACGAUUUUCCACACACUGCAACCCGGGAAGCAUGAGAAGCUUGUUAAGAAGGCUAGUACGUACCCGACCGACCGGAAACAACAUGGGAAGAAGGACAGCCACGGUGGAGGCGGCGAAAGCUCGGAUAUGACAAAUAGGAAGAAUGGGCUAUCGCUCGAUACGGGGAAUGACUUGAGAAAGAGAGUUGAAACCGCUUGA